AUGUUGGUGCAGUUCUACACGGCCAUCAUCGAGUCCAUCCUCACCUCCUCCAUCACCUCCUCCAUCACCUCCUCCAUCACCUCCUCCAUCACCGCCCCCAUCACCUCCUCCAUCACCUCCUCCAUCACCGCCCCCAUCACCUCCUCCAUCACCUCCUCCAUCACCUCCUCCAUCACCUCCUCCAUCACCUCCUCCGUCACCGUGUGGUUCGCUGGAGCCACAGUCAGGGACAAACAGAGACUACAGUGCAUUGUGCGCUCUGCAGAGGAAGUGAUCGGCCGCAGCCUUCCAUCGCUGCAGGACCUAACAGACCCCAAGCCGCCCCCGAGCGGACCCCGAGCGGAUCCAGAGCAGACCCCGAGCGGAUCCAGAACAGACCCCGAGCCGCCCCCAAACUGCCCCCGAGCGGACCCCGAGCGGAUCCAGAGCAGACCCCGAGCGGACUCAGAACAGACCCAAACUGCCCCUGAGCUACCCCCGAGCGGACCCCGAGCGGAUCCAGAGCAGACCCCGAGCGGAUCCAGAACAGACCCCGAGCCGCCCCCAAACUGCCCCCGAGCGGACCCCGAGCGGAUCCAGAGCAGACCCCGAGCGGAUCCAGAGCAGACCCCGAGCGGACCCAGAACAGAUGAGCUACCCCCGAGCGGGCCCCGGGCGGAUCCAGAGCAGACCCCGAGCCGCCCCCAAGCGGACCCCGAGCGGAUCCAGAGCAGACCCCGAGCGGAUCCAGAGCAGACCCCGAGCGGACCCAGAACAGACCCCAAACUGCCCCUGAGCUACCCCCGAGCGGGCCCCGGGCGGAUCCAGAACAGACCCCGAGUGGCCCCUGAGCGGCCCCUGAGCGGCCCCUGA